AUGGACGAUGCUCACCGCAUUGUCAAGCGAGAGAUACUGAAGCUUGGGACCCAGACGAACUUGGUUCUUCGCCUGGACGGACUUCCUUCGGUCGAAAAAGACCCCAUUCAAGCCCACCGAGAGAACCUUCGCAAGAAAGCUGUUAAACGCGCCGACAAAUGUCUGCGUGAGCUUGAGGUUUGCGUGGGUAAAAGCUUCGCGUGCGGAAACACCAGUUCAUCGACAUCAGAAAAUACUUGGGCUCGGCCUUCUAUUGGUCUCAACAGUUAUCGUCAGAGGGCCCCACUAACGAGCACAGAGCAGCCCUCCAUGCCGUUCUCUGAGCGUGAGCUCGCUUGGGCAGAUAUCUCCUGGCUCCUCAUCACAGAGAUGCUUUCGAACAUCGGCAGUCGUGAGCCACGCAAAGAGCCGAAAGAUUACAAGAAUUCGGCGUCUGUGAUGGACCUGAGCAUGAUGCAAGAACAUGAUCAAUCCAUUCGGCAGGCUAACUUCGAUCCUAUGACUUACGAAGGACGUGGCUAUGUUCAUCGAGGCUCCAUUCGGACAAACAGUUUCCGCCUUCAUCUGUCGGCUUUCAAGUUGAAGGAACUGCAUUCAGUCAGGUACAGGCGACUCCUGCAGAAUGUCUUGCCCCUUCGAAUUAUAUCCACAGCCGAGGAAGUGGAGUAUUACUUGACCGAGGUCCGAAACAUAGUGAAGACCCAGCAGGAUGUCACCAACCUUUGGGGAUGCGCGCCAGAUCGAAUCAAAGUUCUGGGUCUCGAUCUCGGCCAAGCCUGUGUAGUCGGAACCAGCGCGUUGCUAUCAAAGAACGAUGAUUCCGGCAGUACGACAACGGGGCCUGGAAGAAAGGAUGAUGAUGUCGACAUGAGCGUCUCCUCUGAGGUUACAACCCCUAUUCCCACUCCUCCCACCUAUUACAACCUCGCAGUGAAGCAGAAGGCUGUGUUCGAGCAUAGAAGAUGA